AUGGCUCCCCACGAGAAGAACUUGAAGAAGGCCAUCGUCCAACCGGGCAUGUUUCAUGAGCCUCCAUUCAGUCUCGAAGUUCCUGGCGUUGCCAAAAAAGACGGAGAAACCAUUCCUCGUCGCAAUGCCAAAUAUAUCGACGGACUUGUAUCCAGGCCCAGGCCAGAAAUCGCUACACUGUACAAUGUCUUACAACACGCUCGAGAUACUUUUGGGUCAGCGGCUGCACUAGGAUCAAGAACUUUGCUUUCGACGCAUAAGGAGUUGAAAGUUGAGAGUGAGAGAGAAGUGAAUGGUAGGAAAGAACUGAACAACAAGCAGUGGAUAUACUACGAGAUGAGCGAAUACAAAUGGACCACCUAUCAAGACUACUUUAAUCUUGCAAUAAGAAUCGGACAGUCGCUCAGAAAUGCUGGGUUGGAGCCUGGGUCUCGGGUGCACGUUUUUGCUGCUACGAGUAUGCGUUGGCUCGCCAUGUCUCAUGGCGCUACAACUCAAUCCAUGCCAAUCGUCACUUCCUAUGCCACUUUGGGUGAAUCAGGACUGGAGACUUCUCUUGUGCAGACUCAUGCGAAGGCCAUCUUUGUUGAUUCGGAUCUCCUUUCCAAGCUCGGACAACCUCUAGUUCGAGCAACAGAUGUCAAGCUCGUCAUAUAUAAUGACGAUCAUGAUCCUAAAGAAGGGGAUAUUGAUAGACUCCAAUCACUGCAUCCAUCUCUGACAAUCUUGAGCUUCAGCGAUUUCCUUGAGCUGGGCAAGGUUGGUGGAUUGCCACCCGUUCCCCCCUUACCUGAAGAUCUUUGCUGCAUUAUGUAUACGUCUGGUACGACAGGAACGCCGAAGGGUGUGCCAUUGAAGCACAGGAACGUGGUUGCAGCCAUCGCAGGGCUUAAUUCCAUUUUUAAGGACUACGUCGGGACAGAAGACUCCGUUCUCUCCUACUUGCCCCUAGCACACAGUUUCGAAUAUGCUUUCGAGAACGCGUGCCUCUUCUGGGGUAUGAAAAUGGGCUACGGUAGUCCACGAACUAUGCUGGACAAGUCAAUGCGAAAUUGCAAAGGAGAUAUCAGAGAGUUAAGGCCAACAAUCAUGGUUGGUGUUCCUGCAGUGUGGGAUCAAGUCAAGAAGGGGAUUCAAGAAACUGUGGACAGAAAGGGACGACUCUCCCGGUGGGUGUUCUCUCAUGCUAUCAAGUGGAAAACAUGGCUCUGCGAUAAAAGGCUACCCGGGGCGAAAAUACUGGACAAGUUUGUGUUCAAACCUGUGAGAGAACAGUUUGGUGGCAGACUUCGGGCAUGUUUCAAUGGUGCCGGACCGCUCAGUAAAGAGGACCGCAGAUUUCUUUCCUAUACAGUAGCCUCCAUGAUCAGCGGUUAUGGGCUGACGGAAACCACUGCGAUGGGUGCUCUUCAAGAUCCUCUUGAGUGGACUGACAAUACUCUCGGUGACAUUCCUGCGUGUAUCGAGAUCAAGCUCGUUGAUUUUAGGGAGGCAGAGUACUUUGCCAAAAACAACGUUGGAGAGAUUUGGAUCCGAGGAGAUGCCGUAAUGGAUGGCUACUAUGAAAAUGAGAGCGAGACACGAAAAGCGAUGAGACCCGAUGGUUGGUUCAAGACAGGUGAUAUAGGGGCAUGGGAUGCCAACGGCCAUCUGAAAUUGCUGGAUCGAAAGAAGAACCUUGUCAAGACAAGUCUGGGAGAAUACAUUGCUCUAGAGAAGCUCGAAUCGAUCUAUCGGACAUCGAGCGUGGUCUCGAAUGUCUGUAUAUAUGUUUCAGGAGAGCAGAGAACCAUCCUAGCUAUUGUAGUACCGAGAAAGGACGUCAUCCUACAGUUUGCAAGAAGUUGUCAUAGGACGUCGAUCCUUGCAGGCAUGAGUUACAGCGAGUUGCUGAAAGACAAACAAAUUAGACAAUUCGUUCGCGACCAGUUGCGAGAGGUAGGAUUUAAAGGCAAGCUGGAAGGCUCAGAAAUUAUCAAAUGGCCAAUCCUCACAGAACACGAAUGGACAACCGAAAAUGGCCUCCUCACUCCAGCUCAGAAGCUUCAAAGGAGAAAGAUAUAUCCUAUGUUCGAGGAAGAAAUCCGUGAGGUAUACCAAAGCGCGGAUACAUACUGA